AUCCGCAUUGAGUGCCCGAAUAGUCUUUGGGGACCGUAGAAUCGUAGAAUGGUAUGGUUCGGAAGGGACCUUGAACAUCUUGUUCCGACCCCCUCCCAUGGACAGGGACACCUUUCAGUGGACCAGUUUGUUCAGAGCCCUGGCCAAUCCCAUCCUUCAUGGGAUGUAUCUCAUGAGCUAAGGUCGCUCUCUUGCAUUAAUUGCCCUGUGGUAUCAGCUGUUCUGUCGCUGUGGGAUGCUGAGUGCGGUUCCUUGGAGCUUCCAGCUGCCUUGCCUGUGGAAGAGAUAGAGUCUUAAAAGAUGAGAUCACAUCGGAGAAACUGUUUGGAGUAAAACUGUGGAUUACAGCAGGGCCAAGAGAGAAGUUCAGUGCUGAUGAGUUUUCCGUUCUGAAGAAAUUCCUGGAGGAUGGUGGAGCCAUCCUGGUGAUGCUCAGGGAAGGUGGAGAGUCCCGCAAUGGCACAAAUAUUAACUUCUUGUUAGAAGAAUAUGGGAUCAUAUUCAAUAAUGAUGCUGUAGUACGAAAUGUAUAUUAUAAGUACCACCACCCAAAAGAAGCACUAAUUUCUGAUGGAGUUUUGAACAGGGGAAUCUGUGAAGCUGCAAGAAAAACAGUGCUUGAGACAACAGAUGAAGAUGGAAGCGGGCAUGACUCACAUGCUCUCACUUUUGUGUAUCCUUUUGGAGCCACGCUGAAUGUGAUGAAACCAGCAGUGGCAAUUCUGUCAACAGGAUCCAUCUGCUUCCCGCUCAACAGGCCUAUUCUGGCUUUCUAUCAGCAUGAGAGUCAAGGUGGAAAGAUGGCAGCAUUGGGAUCUUCCCACAUGUUCAGUGAUCAAUAUUUAGAUAAAGAAGAAAAUGGUAAGAUCAUGGAUGUGCUUUUCCAGUGGCUCACAACAUCAGAUAUCCACUUAAACCAGAUGGAUAUGGAGGACCCUGAGAUUUCAGACUAUACCAUGCUCCCAGACACAGCUGCACUGUCUGAGCAACUGCGAGUCUGCCUGCAAGAAGGAGAUGAGAACCCAAGAGACUUCACAAAGCUGUUUGAUACAUCCCUUUAUCAGCUGGAUACAACUGCCCUCCCUUCAGUUAUCAAAGCUUAUGAAGAGCUGAAUGUGAAACAUGAACGCCUCCAACUCAUUCAGCCUCAAUUUGAGACUCCACUGCCUGUCCUCCAGCCAGCUGUUUUUCCACCUGCUUUCAGAGAAUUGCCUCCUCCCCCUCUGGAACUGUUUGACUUAGAUGAAACCUUUUCCUCUGAGAAAGCUCGUCUUGCAGAGAUCACAAACAAAUGUACUGAUGAUGACCUGGAAUUCUAUGUACGAAAAUGUGGCGAUAUCCUGGGAGUGACAAGCAAACUCCCGAAGGAGAAGCAAGAUACCAAAUAUAUCCUGGAGCACAUCUUCUUCCAAGUGGUUGAGUUUAAGAAACUGAAUCAGGAACAUGAUAUUGACACAAGUGAAGCUGGAUUCCACAAUGGCAAUUGAGACCUGGCUUUCCCCAGUUUGAGACAGACCUUUUAGUGAAAAUACACUUCUCUCUUUUUUUAAAACUCCUCUCCAAUAUAUUGAUUGGGACUGUCUCAAUAGUUCACUGAAUACUAGGAUCGUUUAUGUGUGGUAGUUUGGAUAUUUAAUGCCUUUUGAGAAAGUGCUUGUAUUUCACAAGGACUUUCCAAAUAAUUUCUUAUUUUUCUACUUCUUUACUGAAACUGUAAUUUUGUAAUACAUUUUAAAAAUAUUAUACAAAGAAAA